AUGUGUUUAACAGAAAUCCUCAUAGAUUCAUCGUCGCCGGGACAAAUACAGGACGCAUUUUAUCAGCAUCUAUACAAUAACGCGAGAAGUGUUCAGUUUCCUGCAUACUUCGCCUUCUGUUUGAACUCACUCGUGACUCUGGAACCUUUCUUGUUGCAACAAAAGCUUGCCUUAAUCUUGAAAUAUUUGACACCGAACAUAUCCAUACAUAUGGGGCAUGGGACUGCUUUUCAGCGUCACACGAAACCUUUACCAUCAUCUUAUCAAGGUGAUAACAAUGUGCUGCUUACAAGUGAAACUCCCUUCCACAGUGUUCGCCCCAUCGAAACGACUUCUUCCUAUGCUCUCCAGCAGGUUGAGACACUGGAUGACGUGGCCAAUCUUCCUGGCAUCGAUGUCACUUCUGAGAUAGGGUCUGCAGGCAGACAGUUCGACCAAAUGCUUGAAGCCUUCAUACAAACGCCAACGCAAACUCAACACGCCUCGCUACCAGUUCCAUCAGGCUAUCAAGAUCAUAAUAACGACGGGACAUUGCCACGCGAUAUGCCCUCCGCCCAGAACAUUCCGUCCCUCGAAGCGGGCUCGAACACGGCAAACGCUGAUUAUAAUAUGGUAGAUGUCGCGCCUGACUUAGCACGCAUAGCUGAGGGUCAAAUCCUUGACAACUAUCAAGAGUCUCAAGGCUUUGACUACUCCCCUAACAUAGGGAAUACUGAUUACGAUAGUCUACCUUACUCCGACUUGACUGCAUCAACAUCGAUCGGCCAGUCAUCACGUUCUAACUCACCUAGCGAAUGGUACCCGUCUAGCCAUGAUAUAGGAGAGCGCAUACGGACUGACAGUCAACUUGGAGAUUCCCCUGGGAUGGAGUCAUAUCCUACUCCUGUGUCAAACCCCUCACAUACCCCAACGUCAGCGAACCGUGUUAUGACAAAGCCCCGCAAAGCUCGACGCGUAGGUGGAAAACGGUCAGCGUCAAUGCUCGCCGCUUUAGCAGGUGUUGAUUUUUCACCCUCAAGUGAAGCUGACUCCGUGCGGUUAGGCCUUCUCAGGUCUUUAAUACUAAAGUCUCAUGAAUUAGACCCCAAACGCGGAACCUUCAAUGAUGAGGACUUGCGUGAGAUCUAUCGAUUAGGUGACAGGAUAAUCAACGAGACCGCUCGUGUUUUGAAUGACUGGAGUGAGUGGUCGUCACGAGAGCUCCAACCACCUAACGCUGUGCUUUCUCCAUGUCACCAUCUUUCGCCAGUGGAGAUUUGUGCGGUUGCCUUCCAAUUUUUGAUGGAAACACACAAUGGCAUUCAUCGCAAAUCAGUUCAUCGUCGUCUAGCACAAAUUCUCCUUUACAACUUCUUUGCGGAAGUGGAACAAGGAUUCACUGCGGAAGAAGACCACGGUGUCCUUAGUCGUUAUGGCAGUGGUAGUAAUGGCCUCAAACCAGUAACCAUUGCCAAUGAUCUGAUCAUAGCAAAGGUGGGUAUCUCAGAAAAAAAUGGCAAAAAGCGUGAUCGAGAGCAAAUCGGUAAAGAGAAAAGUUCCGGCAGGCGAUGGUGGAGACUAGGAAGCGGUAUUGGAGUCGUUACUAUCCUCGCCUGUCCAUCCGACUUGAACAGUCUCAUGGAUAAUCGAUCAUUCUCGGGUGAUUCUAUAAAGCUUUUGGUCAAUUACAUGAGACACGCAUUUCCCAACGCUGUAGCUCAUUUCCAGUCACUUGACCCCGUUAUUCGAGUCCUUUUCGCUAACACGUCGCUGGCCACAAAUGCUUCUGUCGGCCUAGAUCCUUUGUAUUCACGAUUUAGUCCUAUUUCUGAACAAGUUCGGUGGUUUGAUACCAUUGAAGCAAUGGACGCCGCCACGGAACAGCUCCUGCACAUGUUCAGGCAGAACUAA